AUGUUUGCCUCGCCUUCAUCAUCACCAUCGCCUUCCUCGUCGGCAUCGUCUCCAUCUGCGUCCCCCUCACCCUCACACGUCGCUCCAAGAGAAUCAUACGCCCUCUUUUUCAGAAAAUCAGCACAGCCAGAACAGACGACGGCCGUUCUGCAGGUCAAGGACAUAAACACAAUCGAUGCGUUCCGGACAUGCCGGGGGAUUGAUUUACGGAUUGAACGACACGGCGACCUAACCCUCUCUCCGACAAAUACCGACUCAAUCGGGCGCGUUCCGCCUCUAUAUCGCUUUCUGCUGGAUCCUCCAUCUACAUCAUUAACAUCAACAUCAACAACGAAACCGGGGGAAAUCGAACUCGCCCUCCCGGCACGCUUAGACCUCGGCGUUUCAGAUGUCGGGAUUGUAGGACGCCAGGUCACGGUGACUGCGAGGGGGGUAGACGGGGAGGUGCUGCAGAUGGGGAGUGGGAUUGUUGGGUAUGAUUAG